UCCUGUUACUGUGUCACGUGCCAGGGGUGCGAACGGAACAUGGCGGCGCGCGGCGGCGUGGAGGAGAUGCGGAGCCGCGUGAUACUUGGGGAGUUCGGGGUCCGCAACGUUCACACCACGGACUUUCCCGGCAACUACCCCGGGUACGACGACGCUUGGGACCAGGCCAAGUUCGAGAAGAAUUUCCGGGUGGACGUGAUCCACAUGGAUGAGAACACGCUGGAGUUCGACAUGGUGGGGAUCGACGCAGCCAUCGCCAAUGCCUUCCGGCGUAUCCUGCUCGCUGAGGUGCCGACGAUGGCUGUAGAGAAGGUCUUUGUGUACAACAACACGUCCAUCGUGCAGGAUGAGAUCCUGGCCCAUCGCUUGGGCCUCAUCCCCAUCCGAGCAGACCCACGCCUCUUUGAAUAUAAGAACCAAGGUGAUGAGGAAGGCACAGAAAUUGACACGCUGCAGUUCCAGCUGAAAAUCAAAUGCAGCCGGAACCCUCACUCAGCCAAGGAGUCAUCUGACCCCAAUGAGCUCUACAUUAAUCACAAAGUGUACAGCAAACACAUCACGUGGGUGCCCCUGGGAAAUCAAGCAGACCUGUUCCCAGAUGCAAAUUUGCGGCCUGUUCAUGAUGACAUCCUUAUUGCCCAGUUGCGGCCUGGCCAGGAAAUUGAUGUGCUCAUGCACUGUGUCAAAGGCAUAGGUAAAGACCAUGCCAAGUUUUCUCCAGUGGCCACAGCUAGUUACCGGCUGCUGCCUGACAUCACUCUGCUGCAGCCCAUCGAGGGGGAGGCAGCUGAGACGCUGAAGAAGUGCUUCUCCCCGGGAGUUAUUGAGAUUCAAAACAUCAAAGGGAAGAAGGUGGCAAGAGUGGCCAAUGCUCGGAUGGACACGUUUAGCCGGGAGAUCUUUCGUCAUGAUGAUCUGAAAAACCUUGUGCGCCUGGCACGAGUGCGAGAUCACUACAUCUUCUCAGUGGAGUCUACAGGUGUCCUGCCUCCAGAUGUGCUGGUGAGUGAAGCCAUCAAAGUGCUGAUAGGGAAAUGUCGACGGUUCCUGGAUGAGUUGGACUCCAACCACAUGGAAUGAGCAGUUCAGGACACCAUGUUUGAGAAGCAGAGACUGAUUCUAUUGGCCCGGGCUCUUUAUCUGCAGGGAUUGUUUCCAGCCCACAAGCCUAUGUAAACAGGAGGGGACCUUCUGUUACCAAGCAAUGGGACCAUCCAUCACCUA